AUGUCUCUCGUGACCGACUCGACCCAGCAAGCCGCCAGCUCGACUGCCGUGGCCGCUUCGACUGCAGCCGCCGGCUCGAGCACGACGCUGGCCACUUCGACAAGAGCGUCCUCGGGCUCAAGCGCAGCAUCCUCGUCGUCUUUCUCCUCGCCGCCCGCCGAGACCGUGGCCUUGACCACGACCUUCACUCCGCCGCCAUCAUGCACCCAGAAUCAACUGACGCUGUUGUCUUCGCCAUGGUACAACAUCUGGCUGAACGAGCCGUCGCCAGUGCCCGGCUCGCUCUUCACCGAUUGCUAUCCCUCUCAAUUCAUCAGCGGCUACUCGUCUGUCUUCAACAUGACCAGCUCCAUCGCUCCCGUCUUCAGCCCGCUCGUGUGCCCCGACGCGUGGGAGACUGUCAACACCUUCACGAGUAGCUAUAUCGCAUGCUGUCCUUCCGGCUACGCUCUCCACCCGCCUACCACGACCGUGGACAGCAACAGACCAGCAUACGGCGGCACCUGCUACAGCACCGUGACCGUGGGCAGCACCUACACCGUCACCGCGUACAACGCCUCCGCCUUGACGGCGACCCAGGAUUGGCCGGCCACCACCUCGCUCGACCAAGUAUACGCGCACGUCAUCGAAGGCUACGCCCUGGAACUGAGAGCAGCAUCGACCAGCUCCUCAUCCUCAAACUCCUCAACCACCCUCCCCGCCUCAUCCAGCACCACCACCACCACCACCACCAGCAACGACUCCUCCUCCCACUCCCUCUCCGGCGGCGCCAUCGCCGGCAUCGUCAUCGGCGUCCUCGCCGCCCUCGCCCUCCUCUCCGGCCUCGCCUUCUUCCUCUUCGUCGUCCGCCCCCGCCGCCGACGCGCCGCCGCCGCCGCGAACGCUGCAGCAAACGGCAACCACCGGCGCGGCUCGCCGUCGCACGAGGUCGACGGCACCGACGCCUUUCACGAAAAGGCCGGCGACGAAGGCUUCCGGAAGGAGUUGCCCGGGUCGCCGGGGACGCCUGGUGCCGGUGGUGGUGGUGUCGGGAUGAUGCAGGAGAUGGAGAGUCCCGGGCCGGUGCAUGAGUUGGAUGCGGGGGCGGAGAGGAGGGUGGCGGAGUUGGAUGGGGCGGGGAGUGGGAGUCGGGAUGGGAAGGGGUCGGUUGGUUAUGGGGAGGAGGUGGGGACGAUGACGCCGGUGAAGAGGAGGGGGUCGGAUCUGUGA